AAAGACACUCACACUAAUUUUGGAAUAAUAGCAUUUUCCACCAUCCUCAACUAUCCAGACCAUACCUGAAGACUUGAGAGUUUGUUGUUCAUUAUGGAGGCUAUGAAGUCUCAGGCAAACUGUACCCAGAACCCAAGUUGUAGAAUCAUGACCUUCUACCCAAUUGAAGAAGAGUUUAAUGGUUUUGAGAAAUAUAUUAUUUAUAUGGAAUCUCAAGGUGCACACCGAGCAGGUGUGGCCAAGAUAAUCCCCCCCCAGGGGUGAUAAGCCAGGAAGACAUACUAUGACAUCAGUGACAUCCUAAUCCCCACUCCCCUCCAGCAGGCUGUCUCGGGCAGGGCUGGUGUGUUCACUCAAUACUCCAAGAAGAAGAAGGCCAUGACGGUCGGGGAGUACCACUACCUGGCAAACAGUGCUAAAUAUCAGGCACCACCACACUCAGAUUUUGACGAUUUGGAGCGAAAAUUCUGGAAAACCUGGCUCUACAGUUCACCGAUCUAUGGCGCUGACGUCAACGGCUCCUUAUUUGAUGCAAACACUAAGCAGUGGAACCUCAGACACCUGGGUACCAUUCAGGACCUGCUGGAGCAGGAGUGUGGGGUGGUCAUCGAAGGUGUCAGCACACCCUACCUGUACUUCGGCAUGUGGAAGACCACAUUCGCAUGGCACACGGAGGACAUGGACUUGUACAGUAUCAACCAUGUGCACUUCAGGGAGCCCAAAACAUGGUACUCGGUGCCCCCAGAGCAUGGCUGGCACCUGGAAUGCCUGGCUAAGGAGCUCUUCCCGGCCAGUGCCCACAGCUGCAGGGCCUUCCUGCGGCACAAGGUGGCCCUCAUGUCACCCACUGUCCUCAGAGACAACAGGAUCCCCUUCAGUUGGGUCAUGCGGGAGGCUGGUGAGUUCAUAGUCACAUUUCCCUACGGCUACCACGCUGGCUUCAACCACGGCUUCAACUGCGCGGAGGCCAUCAACUUCGCCAUGCCGCGCUGGAUCGAUUAUGGCAAAGCGGCCUCUCAGUGCAGCUGCGGGGAGGCCAGGGUCAGCUUUCCCAUGGAUGUCUUCGUGCACACCCUGCAGCAUGAGCGCUAUGAGCUCUGGAAGCGUGGGCAGGACCAGGCGGCGGUGAACUACUUGGCGCCCGUGGCCACGGGCAGCCAGGAGCCGGGCACCUGGAAGGAGUUAUGGGCGACCGGGAGAGCCGCGCUGGGCCUCCGGGACCUGCCGCCCCGCCACUUACUGAGCCCUGCCAGGCAGGUGGCCGCGAGGCAAGGGGGCCCCCGCCGCGCCCCUAGGCUGCCCGCGUAUCGGCACCGCGUGUGA